GGCUACGCAGUCGGGGCGACGGGUCUGGUGCCGCAGCAGCUCGCUCAGGCCGUGGGUCGUCGCUGCAGACUCGGGCAGAGGAGGGAACAACGACUCAGCGGGAGCACUUGGCAGAGGAGGGGAAGGGAUUCAGAAGACACCCCGCGUCUCCCUUCUCGAAUUUCUCUUGGUUCCUGUCAGUUGAUUCGUAGCCUGAAAUGCAUGGUCAUGGAGGCUAUGACUCUGAUUUUAGUGAUGAUGAACACUGUGGAGAAUCUAGCAAAAGGAAAAAAAAGACAGUUGAAGAUGAUGUACUGCUCAAAAAACCAUUUCAGAAAGAAAAACAUGGAAAGGUGGUCCAUAAGCAAGUUGCAGCAGAAUUGCUGGAUAGGGAAGAAGCAAGAAAUAGAAGGUUUCAUCUCAUAGCUAUGGAUGCUUAUCAAAGGCAUACAAAGUUUGUAAAUGACUAUAUUUUAUACUAUGGUGGCAAAAAAGAAGACUUCAGGCGAUUGGGGGAGAAUGACAAAAUAGACAUGGAUAUUAUACGAGAAAAUCACAGAUUCCUAUGGAAUGAGGAGGAUGAAAUGGACAUGAAUUGGGAGAAGAGACUUGCAAAGAAAUACUAUGAUAAAUUAUUCAAGGAAUACUGCGUAGCAGAUCUCACCAGAUACAAAGAAAAUAAGUUUGGAUUUAGGUGGCGAGUAGAAAAAGAAGUAAUUUCAGGGAAAGGCCAGUUUUGCUGUGGAAAUAAACGUUGUGAUAAAAAAGAAGGCUUAAAGAGUUGGGAAGUUAAUUUUGGUUAUAUUGAGCAUGGUGAAAAGAGAAAUGCGCUUGUUAAAUUAAGAUUAUGCCAAGAAUGUUCCUUUAAAUUAAAUUUUCAUCACAGGAGAAAAGAAGUCAAGUCAAAAAAAAGAAAGGAUAAAACCAGAAAAGAUUGUGAAGAGUCAUCACAUAAAAAAUCCAGAUUAUCUUCUGUAGAAGAGUCCUCUAAGAAAAAGGAUAAAGGAAGCUCUGAUGAGGAAGGAAGUACUUCAGAAUCUGAACUUUGGAAGGGCCCACUACCAGAGACAGAUGAAAAAUCACAGGAAGAAGAAUUUGAUGAAUAUUUUCAAGGUUUAUUUCUGUGAGAUGGAAGAGGGAUGCGUACAUUCCUUAAUGUGAAAGUAUACUUUGAAACUCUUCACAAAAUUUUGUCUACAAGUUGCAACUUGAGUGGUUUGUCUUUGGAAAUAAAAAUCCAGCUACUCUCAGGAUGUCAGAUGCUUUGGAAGUUUUUCAGUUUUAUUGGAGGCACUUUUCCCUGUAUAUCUUUUCAGUUGUUUGUCUACAACUCUGUUCCAUCUGUAGCUCCUAAAGUAUGGACCUAGUACAUCCUCUAGUACAGAGAUCCAUUGUGCCUAUAUUUUUGUAGGGUUUUUUUUUCCCCCACUGAUUCACAUUUAUGUUCCCUUGCCUCAGCUUAAACUUUUAGGAUUAUUGGGGUUUCACAAAAUUACAAAGUAGAUUAAGUAUGUCUUCGAGUACCCCUCUUUUGAGUACCUAGUUUGUCAUUAGCUGCCUUUUCCUUUUUUGCUUACAUUUCUCUUGCUUCCAUCUCACCUCUACCACUUAACGGAGUUUGUUAUUAAUCAAAUUUGAUUCCCCAGUGUAUGGGUAAUUUAUUAUAAACUAAAUUAAUACCACAGGGGGCCAAAUGAGAUUCCAGUAGUCUAAAACAGCAGAUGUGUUCAUGAAACUUGACUCUUAGCAGAGAUUAUACAGUAACAUAAUUUAACUGAACAAUACUGUGUGCAUAGAGCUUGUCUCAGAUACAGUCAUACAGAUAUGGAUAUAUUUAUAUGCAGAGAUAUAUUGUAAAAUGUAACUUUUUUUUAUAAAUUUAUUUAUUUUUGGCUGCAUUGGGUCUUUGUUGCUGCACGUGGGCUUUCUCUAGUUGCGGUGAGCAGGGACUACUCUUCGUUGCAGCGCGCGGGCUUCUCACUGCGGUGGCUUCUCGUUGUGGAGCAUGGGCUCUAGGUGCACGGGCUUUAGUAGUUGUGGCACUUGGUCUCAGUAGCUGUGGCUCGCAGGCUCUAGAGAGCAGGCUCAGUAGUUGUGGAGCAUGGGCUUAGUUGCUCCGUGGCACGUGCGAUCUUCCUGGAGCAGGGAUUGAACCCAUGUUCCCUGCAUUGGCAGGGGGAUUCUUAACCACUGUGCCACCAGGGAAGUCCAAAAUGUAACUUCUUAAUUUGGGGUUCAUACCCACAAGAGUCAAUGGAUGUGCUUCAGGAAAUCUAAACACUCCUAGAAUCUAUGUGUAAACUUCUGUAAUUAUGUGUGUGUUUUGGGGAAAGGGUCCAUAGUUUUCAUCAAAUUUUCAAAAGGAUAUAUUGAUUUUUUUUUCAAAAGGUCAGACCCAUUUUUGUAAACAGCCAAGAGAUGAAUAGAGGAGAAGAUGCAUGAUUUGGUGAGUAAGAGAGGACCUGUAAAAAAUGAUUGUACCAUUCCAAUUAUUUUGUUGAAGAUAUGCUAUUUUAAAUGACAUUUAGACAUGGAAUGAUUGGCAUUAAAUGUAAAAUAGGCAAUUAUAGUAUCUUAUUUUUAAAUAGUGUCAGAGAUUAUCUUUUUAUUAAACAGUUGUUAUUCAUUAAAUAUCAUGCUUCUGUUAUGUGUGAGACACUGUGCUACAAAAGUAUCUAGGAAAUAAUUAUGCAGUCAUUUCUAAACCAUCAGAAAACAGUAAAUCAGUGUUGGUUUAUUAACCAACAGAUAAGUGAACAAUUUUGUUUUGUCGUUUUCAGCUCACAACUUUUAGUGAAAAAGAAUCUUGAUUUCUGAGGAAAGUAUUGAAAUGUCCAGCAGCAAAACUGAUAUUAGUAAUAGAAUAUAUGAAGCUAAAACAUUUUAUGAUAAAAAUAGUUUAUUGGUCAUCAGAAAAUAAAAUUCCUGCAAAACUAAACAGUGACUAGGAAGAAUAUUUAAAGACCCUUUUAAAAUAGAUCCAUAUAUUUGGUAUUGCAAGUAUGGUUUAUGGACAUUAAGUUCAUUUAUAAAUUUAGAUCAUUAUAUGUAAUCAGUGUUUAAUCCAUUCAUACACAAUGGCAGAUAAUGGGAGUCAUAUUUUAAAGGAGUCUUUGAAAAGGCCUCAAGAUGAUGCGUUUAAAGAUUUCUUUUAAUUUAAUUUUUAUUUUAUAUUAUAGUUGACUUACAGCACUGUGUUAGUUUCAGGUGUACAGCUGAGUGAUUCAGUUAUACAUAUACAUAUAUCCAUUCUUCUUCAGAUUCUUCCCCCGCAUAGGUUAUUACAGAAUAUUGAGUAGAUUUCCCUGUACUAUAUAGUAGGCCCUUGCUGAUUAUCUAUUAUCUAGAGUUUAAACAUUAAUUCUCCAGCAGACCUAUCUUAAUCUUGGCUGUAGUGUAGUCAGUGGUGUUCAGCGGACCAUAGGUUUGGGAUAUAAAGUUAUGCUUUCUUAUACUUGCUCUUAAGCAAAGUUCCUAUUUUUGCAGACCUCCUCAUCUCUGCCCCUCAGUUCGUUUUCUAGUGAAUGAGGAGAGGAAGUUGUUUGAGCUGACUGAUAUUUUGGGGUCUAAAAUUAUAUAAGGCUUAAAGGAAGAGGGUUUCUUAUACAGUUUCUAAAAUAAUCCUAGAAGUGUGGUUUCAAAAUUAUUUUAAGCAAUGAAAAUAAGAUGUACAUAUAUCACCAAAGGUGAUAACAUAUAGACAAGGAUCAUUUGGGUGUAUAUACUGAGUUUUUUUCUCCCUAAAGAUAUUUUAUUAACUUCCAGGCACUCUUCAUUUAUAUCUGUUUGUUACAAUAUUUAUUCAAAAUAUUAUUCAUUCAUGUUUACUGAGUGCCUGCCUUGUGCCAGGCACUACUCUAAGUGUGAGCAUAGCAAUGUGAACAAAGCAGACAAAAAGAGGCAAAAAAUCUUUCCUCUCGUGAACCUUAUAUUCUAAUAUGAGAGGAAGAAUCUUAUAAUUCUAAAGUAACUGACUUACUUGUAAAAAUAUAACAAAUGGUGAUUUAUUUCUCAACUGCUUAAAACUGAACACUAUCUUCUCUAUAACAAAACAUUUGAGGUUCAGAGACCAAUUCAUUAUAAUUUAGAUAUGUUUUACAAGGAAAUCUGUGGUAUAAAUAUUUGGUCUGUUUUAUAAUUUGGUCAUUACAGAUAAGAAAGAAAUCUUCUCUGAUGUACAGAUGUGUACCAUGUAGUAGAAGUAGUUGAUUAGUUUCUCUUGACAAGUCAGUAUUUAGAAUUCCUGGUAGACAGUCCUAGUAAUUUUUUUUUUUUUUUUUUGCGGUACACGGGCCUCUCACUGUUGUGGCCUCUCACAUUGCGGAGCACAGGCUCAGCGGCCAUGGCUCAUGGGCCCAGCCGCUCCGCGGCAUGUGGGCUCUUCCCGGACCGGGGCAUGAACCCGUGUCCCCUGCAUCAGCAGGCAGAGUCUCAACCACUGCGCCACCAGGGAAGUCCCCUAGUAAUCAUUUUUAAAAGUAAUCUCUGUUAAAAGUCCUUCUGAACUGUUUUUGAUAGUAAAGUUUUUGCAUAAUCAAAUCACAUGCUUCUUAAUAAUGCAUAAUAUUUAUUAGCUGAUUUAACUUGCAUUAGGAUUAUCCAGGUAAUGUCUUAUAAAUUGAUAAUUCUUUCAGUGAGAAGAAUAGUUCUGAAUGUAAGAAUGUAUUCUUAGUUACACAUAAAAUAAUUGAUUUCAGACUUGGGGGAAAGGAUGGGUGUAGGAUGACGAUGUACUUUUAAGCUGCUACAAGUGGUGUGGUCUUUAUUAUCAAGGGUAAAAAGUGGAGGAAAGAAGCAUUUCAGAUGGAAUAACAUUUAACAUCCUUUUUCUUUGUUUCUUAUAUAGUACUUACAUACGUUACACAUUCUAUACUCUAUUUACUCUUACAUUAAGACAUGUUGACGAGAGACUUUUGAUUCAGGAAGGGAUGUGAGGUGUGAAUCAUUAUUAUUAAUGUUUUGGUUGAAUUGUGUCCCAUCUGAAAUUCCUAUGUUGAAAUCCUGACCACGGUACCUUAGAAUGCAGCUGUAUUUGUAGAUAGUGCAUUUAAAGAGGUAGUUAAGGUAAAAUGAGGUCAUAUGAGUGGGUCCUAAUCCUGUAUGAGUGGUGUCCUUAUAAGAAGAAUGAGGAUGCAGACCCACAAGAGGGAAGACUGAAGACCAGUUGAAGACACAGGGAGAAAGAAGAUGGCCAUUGACAAGCCAAGGAGAGAGGCAUCACAAGAAACCAACCCUGCCAGCACCUUAAUCUUGGACUUCUAGUCUCCAGAAUUGUGAGAAAAUAAAUUUCUGUUGUUAAAGCCACCCAGUCUGGGGCAUUUUGCUGUAAGUAGCCCUAGUAAAUGAAUACAGUUAAUAAGAACCUUUAAAAAAAAAAAAAUUGGUGACUAAUUUCAGGAUUAUAUUAUUUUUAAUUUAAAACAAAUUGGCACCAAAAAUGCACUUAUUUUUGUCUUAUUUUGCACUUCUGUUGAACUUUAUUUUACCCUCAGGGCUUUUAGACUAGCAGUAUAUUUUCUCAUGCUAGUCACAGGGUAGCUUUUCUGAAGAUUCUCUUACUCUGUUAGUUGAUGGUUUGAUGAAUGAAAUUUGCUGAUGUUCUUUUGAAUGUUUUCUUGUUGUCUUCAAAUGUAGAAACAAUAUUUGAAAUUUAGGCCAGUUGGACUGUAUUACAGCAUUAGACAUGUUUUGGACUUUUUGUCAUCACCACCACCUCCUGAAUCUUCUGCAGCUAGUAAAAAGGAGAAAAGCAGUAUUAUUGGGAGUCAGUGGAUAUACAGUGUUUUUUCCUAAUAUUAGUGUAACUUUAUAGCCUACUUCAUUAACCUACAGCAAGUACUAAGGGUUUGACCAUUUAAAAACUUGAAUUCAUAUUCAGAAUUAGUCCAUUUAGAAAAUAAAAUCUAAUAAAUGAUUAGCCAGUUAACGUCUCAGUUUCACAGAAGAACCACUGAACUAUGCAAUCCGGGAAUCUGAGUUGUUGCUUCGUGCCAAGCACAAAGCUUGUUGCCUGGAGAUAAAAUAAUAUUAGUUUACAGAGACUUCUCAGUGUAGUAGGAAAAAAAUUUGGAAGUAAUUUUUUAUGUAAAUAAGGAUAGAAGAUCCAUAUCCAAUAUACUGAAAACU